UUUUCGCCUAUUUAGCGAGGCGAAAAAUGGGCGCGUGUUGCUCCUGUCAUAGGGGCGCCACCAUUGGGAGGUUCGAUGUGGAGGAGGAGAGGAGGUUCGAGGACGGAAGCGUUGUGUUGAGAGGCGACGCCGGGGCCCGGGUCCGGCUUGAGGGAUCAUCCAAAUAUGUAUCCAUGUAUACACAGCAGGGUAGGAAAGGAGUCAAUCAAGAUGCCAUGACCGUUUGGGAGAGGUUUUCAGGUGAGAGAGACAUGUUCUUCUGCGGCGUGUUCGACGGGCAUGGGCCUGCCGGCCAUAGGGUGUCUCAUUACGUCCGCGAUUUCCUUCCCGCUAAGAUCUCUCAGCUCUACCGAGAUCCCACCGCCGCUGAUGAUGAUGAGGAUAAUGAUGAUGAUGAAGGUCACAAUCCGCUCUUUCGGUCGUGGAAGGCUUGCCUCACCAAGUGCUUCCACGACAUGGACAAUCUGCUCGAAAAGGAGAGCUCGGUUGAGUGCUAUUGCAGUGGCACUACUUCAGUUUGUGUCCUAAAAAAGGGAGAACACUUGAUCAUAUCGAAUCUAGGAGAUUCUCGAGCUGUGCUUUGCAAGAGGGGUGAUAGUAAUGAGGCUGUUGCAGAGCAAUUAACUGUUGAUCUCAAGCCAAAUGUGCCAAGUGAAGCGAAACGGAUAAUAAGCCGACGAGGACGAGUGCAAGCCAUGGAGGAAGAGCAGAACGUGUAUAGGAUUUGGAUGCCGGAUGAGGACUGCCCCGGCCUAGCCAUGGCUAGGGCCUUCGGAGAUUUCUGCUUGAAAGACUAUGGCCUUAUCUCCACCCCGGUCGUGUCCUAUCGGAAGCUCACUGAGCGAGACGAAUUUGUAGUCCUGGCGACAGAUGGGAUAUGGGAUGCCUUGUCGAACGAGGAGGUGGUAGAGAUAGUGGCCUCAGUAGGAGACCGGUCUAUGGCAGCACAGACGUUGGUAGAGAAGGCGGUGCAGGCGUGGAGGCAUAAGUACCCUCGGUCGAAGACAGACGACUGCGCCGUGGUUUGCCUAUUUUUCAAGAGGGCUACGCAAAUGGUACACUACAAAUCAAGGUAUGCGGAUUUGGACACACAAAGCUUCGUUGGCAGCGUCAACAGUGUGAAUGCCCCUGAGACUGUGUUGAAUGUCAACCUUGAUGAGCAAUCAGUGAGACGACCAAGGAAAAGAAGAUUGGGGAAGAGACUUGAGAGUGUCCAAGAGUGAAUUUAAUAAAUUGUAAAUAUUUUUAACUACUUUUUUCAUUUCAAGCAAAGAAUGUAUAUUCAUGAUUUAGUGUUUUGUAGUCAUCAGACUAUUUUACCAAGAUAUUUGAACUUUUCCUAU